GUGGAAUGAGCGUUGCAUGUGUCUUGAAGAGAAAAGCAGUGCUCUGGCAGGACUCGUUCAGCCCCCACCUGAAGCAGCACACUCAAGAUACAGCUAAUCCCAACAUGCCUGUUGUACUGACAUCUGGAACAGGGUCCCAGGCUCAGCAACAGCCAGCUGCAAAUCAAGCCCUUGCAGCAGGGACACACUCCAGUCCUGUUCCCGGAUCCAUAGGAGUCGCAGGCCGCUCCCAGGACGACGCUAUGGUGGAUUACUUCUUUCAGAGGCAGCAUGGUGAGCAGCUUGGGGGAGGAGGAAGUGGUGGAGGCGGCUAUAAUAACAGCAAACAUCGCUGGCCUACUGGGGAUAACAUUCAUGCAGAACACCAGGUGCGCUCCAUGGAUGAACUGAAUCAUGAUUUUCAAGCGCUUGCUUUGGAAGGAAGGACUAUGGGAGAGCAGCUGUUGCCAGGUAAAAAGUUUUGGGAAUCUGACGAUUCCAGCAAAGAUGGACCAAAAGGGAUAUUCCUGGGAGAUCAGUGGAGAGACAGUGCGUGGGGAACAUCAGAUCACUCGGUUUCCCAGCCUAUUAUGGUUCAGAGAAGACCUGGUCAGGGCUUUCAUGUGAAUAGCGAAGUCAACUCGGUGCUUUCACCGCGGUCAGAGAGCGGAGGGCUCGGAGUCAGCAUGGUGGAGUAUGUGUUGAGCUCGUCUCCUGGAGAUUCCUGCCUAAGGAAAGGAGGAUUUGGGCCGAGGGAUGCAGAGAACGACGAGAAUGACAAAGGGGAUAAGAAGAAUAAGGGCACAUUUGAUGGUGAUAAAUUGGGCGAUCUGAAGGAGGAGGGGGAUGUGAUGGAUAAAACAAAUGGUUUGCCUGUGCAGAACGGUAUCGAUGCAGAUGUCAAAGAUUUCAGCCGUACACCUGGCAAUUGCCAGAACUCUGCUAGCGAAGUGGAUCUACUGGGUCCAAACCAGAACGGAUCAGAGGGCCUAGCCCAGCUGGCGAGUACCAACGGCGCGAAGCCGGUGGAGGAUUUCUCCAACAUGGAGUCCCAGAGCGUCCCGCUGGAUCCCAUGGAGCACGUGGGCAUGGAGCCGCUUCAGUUUGACUAUUCCGGCACUCAAGUACCCGUGGACUCGGCCGCCGCGACCGUGGGGCUCUUCGACUACAAUUCCCAGCAGCAGUUGUUCCAAAGACCGAACGCACUGGCUGUUCAGCAGCUAACAGCAGCCCAGCAGCAGCAGUAUGCAUUGGCAGCUGCCCACCAGCCUCACAUAGGUUUAGCUCCUGCUGCCUUUGUACCCAACCCCUACAUCAUCAGUGCCGCUCCGCCGGGGACGGAUCCGUAUGCAGCUGGACUUGCAGCAGCCGCAACCUUAGGCCCAGCGGUUGUCCCUCACCAGUACUACGGAGUCACUCCGUGGGGAGUUUAUCCCGCCAGUCUCUUCCAGCAGCAAGCGGCAGCCGCCGCGGCCGCGACCAACUCGGCGAACCAGCAAACCACGCAGCAGACCCAGCAGGGCCAGCAGCAGGUCCUCCGCGGAGGAGCCAGCCAGCGCCCGCUGACCCCGAACCAGAACCAGCAGGGACAGCAGACCGACCCGCUGGUGGCCGCCGCCGCCGUCAACUCUGCCCCUGCCCUCCUCUCAUGAGUCUGCGCGGUGUCGUGAUUGCCUGGUUACCCGGUGCUGGCUCCCGCCGCCUACUACGACCAGACGGGCGCCCUCGUCGUGAACGCGGGGGCCAGGAACGGCCUGGGGGCCCCCGUGCGCCUCGUGGCCCCGGCUCCCGUCAUCAUCAGCUCCUCCGCGGCGCAGGCAGCGGUCGCGGCAGCCGCGGCUUCGGCUAACGGGGCGGCCGGCGGCCUGGCCGGAGCGACGAACGGACCGUUCCGCCCCCUGGGAACUCAGCAGCCUCAGCCCCAGCCCCAGCAGCAGCCCACCAACAACCUGGCGUCCAGCUCCUUCUACGGCAACAACUCGCUCAGCAGCAAUUCCCAGAGCAGCUCGCUCUUUUCCCAGGGCUCUGCCCAGCCUGCCAACACCUCCCUGGGCUUCGGAAGCAGCAGCUCUCUCGGUGCCACGCUGGGCUCGGCGCUGGGAGGCUUUGGAACAGCAGUUGCUAAUUCCAACACUGGCAGCGGCUCUCGCCGGGACUCCCUUACAGGCAGCAGCGACCUGUACAAGAGGACAUCCAGCAGCUUGACUCCUAUAGGACACAGUUUUUAUAAUGGCCUUGGCUUUUCCUCCUCUCCUGGACCUGUUGGAAUGCCUUUGCCCAGCCAAGGACCUGGCCACUCGCAGACUCCACCACCUUCCUUAUCUUCACAUGGGUCAUCUUCAAGUUUAAACCUGGGAGGGCUCACGAACGGCAGCGGUCGCUACAUCUCGGCCGCCCCCGGAGCGGAGGCCAAGUACCGCAGCGCGAGCAGCGCCUCGAGCCUCUUCAGCCCCAGCAGCACCCUGUUCCCGUCGUCGCGCCUGCGCUACGGCAUGUCCGACGUGAUGCCCUCCGGCCGCAGCCGGCUGCUCGAGGACUUCCGCAACAACCGCUACCCUAACCUGCAGCUGAGGGAAAUCGCCGGCCACAUCAUGGAAUUCUCCCAGGAUCAGCAUGGAUCCAGGUUUAUUCAGCUGAAACUGGAACGUGCUACCCCAGCAGAACGUCAGCUCGUGUUCAACGAGAUCCUCCAGGCAGCUUAUCAAUUAAUGGUUGAUGUGUUUGGAAAUUACGUCAUCCAGAAGUUCUUUGAGUUUGGCAGCCUGGAACAGAAGCUCGCCUUGGCGGAGCGUAUCCGUGGGCACGUGCUGUCCCUGGCGCUGCAGAUGUACGGCUGCAGGGUGAUCCAGAAGGCCCUGGAGUUUAUCCCCCCAGACCAGCAGAACGAGAUGGUCCGGGAGUUGGACGGCCACGUCCUCAAGUGUGUGAAAGACCAGAACGGGAACCACGUGGUGCAGAAGUGCAUUGAGUGCGUGCAGCCUCAGUCCCUGCAGUUCAUCAUUGAUGCAUUUAAGGGACAGGUUUUCGCCUUGUCCACCCAUCCGUACGGCUGCCGCGUGAUCCAGAGGAUCCUGGAGCACUGUCUUCCCGAGCAGACUCUUCCCAUCUUGGAGGAGCUUCACCAACACACUGAGCAGCUCGUCCAGGAUCAGUAUGGGAACUAUGUUAUCCAGCAUGUACUAGAACAUGGUCGGCCUGAGGAUAAGAGCAAGAUUGUAGCAGAAAUCAGAGGCAACGUGCUCGUGUUGAGUCAACAUAAAUUUGCUAGCAACGUUGUGGAGAAGUGCGUGACUCACGCGUCCCGCACGGAGCGGGCCAUGCUGAUCGACGAGGUGUGCACUAUGAACGACGGCCCUCACAGUGCCUUAUACACCAUGAUGAAGGAUCAGUACGCCAACUACGUGGUGCAGAAGAUGAUCGACGUGGCAGAGCCGGCGCAGCGGAAGAUCGUCAUGCACAAGAUCCGGCCUCACAUUGCCACCCUGCGCAAAUACACCUACGGGAAACACAUCCUGGCCAAGCUGGAGAAAUACUACAUGAAAAACGGCGUGGACCUGGGGCCCAUCUGCGGGCCGCCCAACGGCAUCAUCUGAGACGCGCCGGUCAUCGGGCACCCGCAACCAGCAACCACCGAGACCCCAGGAUACACCUAGAACCCGUUUCAUGGUUGCUAAACUACUAGAAAACACACAAAAAGAGUAAAAAAGCCUUUGUAAAUUUCUUUAAUUUUAUUAUGCAUAACAUGUACUAAUUAUUUUUUUUAAUUAACUAAUUGCCCUGCUGUUUUACUGGUGUAUAGAAUACUUGUACAUAGGUCUCAAAUGUACAUGGAAGGCCACAUUUUUGUUCACUGUUGUAUCUAUAUUCCAAAUGUGGAAACUUUCAGGGUGGUUGGUUUGAAGAAAAGGAAAAACAAAAAAAAAAACAAAAAAAAAAGUUUUUAAUUCAUCUGCCUUGCAGGCAACUCUUUUGCAAAUACCUGUUUUUUCUCCUUUUAGUCAAAAGUCGGCAAGAAGUUUUGAAUUUUAGUUAAAUGGCACAAAAGAUGCAUUUAACGCUGUUUAUAAAUAUAUAAAAAAGGAAAUUCAACUUGCUAAAGCUUCAGUUUAAAAAAAAAUAAGUUUUUGAAACUUUUUAAUUGCUUUCUUUUGUUGUUGUUCUGUUUUCGAGUAUAACCUGCUAAAGGAGGUAGCGAUGGGAUUUUGGAAGAAAAACAUCCACAACCCAGAAAGGUUUUAAAGCAACAGGGUGGGGGCCGGUGGAUUCGUUUACUGCCUCCUCAGUUUGUUCUGUUAACCUUGAAAGACAAAAAUUUGAUUAUUUAGCAUGAGGAAAAAAAAAAUCCAACUCGGCUUUGGUCUUGCUUCUAUAAAUAUAUAGUGUAUACUUGGUGUAGACUUUACAUAUAUAAAAAUUUGUAGUAUUUUCUUGUUUUGAUGUCUGAUCUGUAUCUAUAAUGUACCCUAGUAGUGGAACAUACUUCUGACUGUACAAUUGUACAUUUGUAAACCUCUGUAAUGUAAAUGUGGAGAAGUUUGAAUCGACAUAAACCCGUUUUUUGGUAAGAAAAACAAAAAAAAAAAAGAAUUAGCAAAACCUGUGCAUUUCAGUGUAUAUUCACACCUUUUAUGGUCGUAGCAUAUAGUGUUGUAUAUUGUAAAUUGUAAUUUCAACCGGAAGUAAAUUUUUUCUUUUGAAGGAAAUGUUCUCUUUAUACAGCCUAGUUAAUGUUUAAAAAGGAAAAUAAAAUGCUUGGUUUUAUUUGUCACCUAGUUGAACAGUAGCAAUCCUUUCUAAAUGUUAUACAAAAAUGAUUCAGUUCAAAAUAGUGUUUUUUUGAAUCUUAAAAAGUAAUGUUUUGCUUAUUUUGUGACAGUAAGAAAAAAAGAAAAAAAGUGCAAAAGUACAGAAACCCCCCUAGUUUUCCUUACAAUCAGAGUCCCUUUUCACCUUGUAAAGUGUGAAUCACCUUCCCUUUUUGUACAGAAGAUGAACUGUAUUUUGCAUUUUGUCUACUUGUAAGUGAAUGUAACAUACUGUCAAUUUUCCUUGUUUGAAUAUAGAAUUGUAACACUACACGGUGUACAUUUACAGAGCCUUGUGUAUAUUUCCAAUGAACUUUUUUGCAAGCACACUUGUAACCAUAUGUGUAUAAUUAACAAACCUGUGUAUGCUUAUGCCUGGGCGCCUAUUUUUUGUAACUCUUGUGUAGAUUGUCUCUAAACAACGUGUGAUCUUUAUUUUGAAAAAUACAGAACUUUGGAAUCUG